GCUACCACCAAUCCAUCCCACCACCACACCGCUCACCCUCCUACAUUUCUUCUCAAUCCCACAACCUUCGCCCUCUUCACAUCCAACCCCCCCCCUUUCAACACCUCUCUUCACACCACCAACAACCUCGCAACUGCACACACCAUGUCCGGCGAGAUCAGGCGGAAGCUCGUCAUUGUCGGCGACGGCGCGUGCGGAAAGACGUGUCUCCUCAUCGUCUUCAGCAAGGGCAUGUUCCCCGAGGUCUACGUUCCCACAGUCUUUGAGAACUAUGUUGCCGAUGUCGAGGUCGAUGGAAAGAAGGUCGAGCUUGCUCUCUGGGAUACCGCUGGCCAGGAGGACUACGACCGUCUGAGGCCUCUCUCGUACCCCGACUCGCACGUCAUCCUUAUCUGCUUUGCCGUUGACUCGCCCGACUCGCUCGACAAUGUCCAAGAAAAGUGGAUCUCCGAGGUCAUGCACUUCUGCCAGGGCCUCCCCAUUGUUCUCGUCGCAUGCAAGAAGGAUCUCCGUGAUGACCCCAAGACCAUCCAGGACCUCGCCCGCAUGAACCAGCGCCCCGUCUCGCGCAACGACGGUGUCGCCGUCGCCCAGAAGAUCGGUGCCCAGGGCUACGUCGAGUGCUCGGCCAAGACUGGCGAGGGUGUUAAGGAGGUCUUCCAGGUUGCUACGCGCCAGGCGUUGACCAUUGUCAACGGCAAGAAGCGCGGCAACAAGAACGGCAAGAGCGGCAAGUGUGUCGUUCUCUAAUCGGCUCUUGUAAACCUCUGCAAGCUUCCACAGUCUUUCUUUGUACUGCUACGCGUCUUCUCGUUUCUCGCAACUAUUACGCCCGUCCUCUCAUCAAGCCCUGUCUAUUGCGUCGGUGCCAUGGCCCUAGACACACGAUCAAUGAUAUACCAUGCGUGUCUGAACCACCGUUGUCACGACGAUGGCCCUGGAUUCCCAUUGGCAUUUCGUCUCUAUCCCCACACCCAUCCCUAUUGCUCUCCACCCCCUCCCCCCUUCCCUACACCACCCUCGUAAGCCUGCAAUGCCAGGUCUGAUGUUAUGAGUCACGAGUUGCAAG